CGAGAUAUGAGAAAUAUUGAAUGCCAAUACGUUCUGACUAUGUCGUUUGGAUUUUCAAUGAGGGUUAUUUAUUUUGAAAUGAUUGGUAAUAGUUAUUGAGAUAUGAUUAAACAUAUUGUGACAUGCUUGGAAAAUCGAUACUUGGUAUAUAUGGGUCAUUUAAAUUUGAUAUAAAUAUUUGAAAACACAAGGCAACCUGUUUCAAAACUUGGAUUUAAAGAAUACGGCGGCAUGCAUAGAAUUUUGCAACACACAUUGCCCCCUGAGGCCUACCCGAGGUACAAGCAUACCUGUCAAAACGUUCACCGUCUCAACCGGAAAAGCCAUAAACUCAUUACAAAAUGUGGAGUUCGAAAUGACACAAAUUUUCUGGAACUCGGGGAUGUCGUCAUAAACGUGAUAUGUAAAGAUCAAAGUGACCUCAUUGACGUCAAAACAUUACCAUAUAAAACUAUCGACCUAUCUAGCAAUAUUCAAAGCAAAAUAUUAAGCUUUGACGAUUUUACAGAACUCAAGUGUUCCACCUUAAGAGAGGGGCUGAAGAUACCUACCAUUUUCCUUGCUGAUUAUGAAACGUUAGGUGCCAUUCCAAGCUUCUUUGGGCGCUUAAUCAUACUGGUAACCGAAACCGAAAACAAUGAUAUUGAGCAUCUAUUGAAGGCAAAUGACGUUCAUAUUUGGAUCUCGACCAAAGAAAGGCUUCCCCAAAAUAUUUGUAACAUGCUUGAAAUGUACGCACUUAGGCAUAUCCGGGAGAGAACAGACAUGCUUUUAACAAUGACCGGAGAAUGUAAUGAGCAGCCGUACUACCGUGCAUUAAAAGAGUGCUUAGGCGGGCAAGCAAAUGAAAUCAAUAGUCAUUUAAUCAAUCCGUUGACUUCUGGAGGUGACACCCCUUCCGCCCAACCCCACAGGCAAUAUAGCUCCGAAUCGGCUGUGGAGGAAUAUUUGACUGUUUCCAAGGAGGAACAUGUCCGACUUGUUGAAGAAAACAAGCAGUCAAUUCGAGAUUUACAUUGUGAAAUCAUUGCUAUGUACGGGCGAAGUAACCUACCCGAUAACGAAAAGCCAAAACCACGGGAUAUCGACCCUAAAUUCAACGAAUGCAUCGCUGGGGCCAUCCUACAUGAUGUUUCAGGUGUUAAAGGUUUAGGCUAUAGAUUUGGGACCCUCAAUUUCUUUACAUAUAGUAACAAUUUGAACAACGAUGAUGAACAAAGAAUCGUUUCUGAUAUCAAUGAAAGCUUAAAAGGGUUAAAUAUCAAAGUUGACAAUUACGUUUUAAGGUUUGGGACAAAGUAUGUAAACUUUUCAUCAAACUGUUGGUAGCAAUGUGUUUGCAAUAGAGGGAAGCUUUGAUACGCUUGGUGUGUUUGCUGAAAAGACCAGAGAGAAUUCCACAAAUGCGUGUGCUUUAACCGCGAACCAUGUCGUUGCAAAUUCAGACAGCAACGUUUUGAAAAUAUUCAUGUCAACCGGAACUUUAACCUAGGAGAAAUUUUGUCUCCCCAGAAUAACCUGCAAUUUAAUAAUUCCGUUGACAUAUGUGCAACAAAAGUAAAUACUAAACUUUUGAAGAUCUGUGACACGAAACAGAAAAAUUUGGACGGAAAUGAAAGCUUGUUUAACCAACUUUAAAAGGAGAUUCCAACGGUCAGAACAUUUUAAGCUAGUAUUUAUUCAUUUUUUCCCUUUUUUUGAAGAGCCCUUUUCAUCUUAAUCGUUUCACAUCAGUUCUCCAUUUUUUCUUUCUUUUUUUGUAUUGGAAAAGUCUUAAAAAUAAACUUGUUUUGAGCAAUUAAUUCUUACAAUAUGGGCUGAUUUAAUUAUCUUUUCGCAAUUAAACGCUUCGUUUUGUAUGGCAUACAACAUCGUGUUUUGGUAUAUUUUGUGUAAAAGCUUUUAUUAAGAUGAACAUAUAUUUCAAGAUAAUUAUAAAAAAAACUAAUUUGAAUUUAGUAAAAGCAAUAGUAAGAAAUAAACUAAGCUACUUAUGUUCGUCAAACUUCAUUGAUUCUUUGAUCACACAUUGUGGCCUUCUUCUAUCUUCUCUCUGUUAAAGACUGAAGACUAGUGUGGAAAGAAAUGUCAGAUAAUUCACAUCGAUGGGUCAAAACUGACUCUCAUUCAAUUCGUCAAACCUUGUGUGGACGGUGGCCGGGCAGGGAUUUGGAUGGUUACCUAUAUGUAGGAAUUGACAAAAUCAUUGGAGCAACCAUGCCUUUGUCGGCUACAGUUUCUGACCAUAACAGCAAAAUCUAGUAGUAUUUAAAUUACAUGAUAAAUUUUCAAACACUUGUUUUCUAGCAAGCUAUAUUAACUAUAACAUUUCAACAAUAAGACAUCACUGUGCUGUAAUUUCCAUGUACAUAAUGCUACUUACAAUUUUAUUGUUUUAAAUGCAUACGAUUAUCAUUAACUUAUACUCUUGAAUGAACUAACCAUUUUACAGUUGUGUGUCAACUAGAGGAUCCGUGCUCGUGUGCACUGUACGAACAACCGGGAACACUAGUCGAUGUUACCACCGUAUUCAGUGCUGUAGUCCAUCUUACUCUUUGAAAUUGUGUGCGUGAAUAUAAUAAAGGACGGCUUUUGUUAACACUUGUUCCAAUAAUGUACCAAUUUAACACUAUAUGCUUUUAUUUUCAGAUCACAAGCUCUUUGUUGUGUUUUGAUAUGUUAUGUAUGUUUGCUUUUCAUAUCGAAUUAUACCUCAUUGUGCUAAUGAUCCUUGAUAGCAUAUACCCGACAUUAAAUAAAAGUUCUUGUAUC